AAAACAAAAAACAACGAGAACAAGAAACACGAAAGCAGAAACGAAAACAAAGUGGAAAAGGAAAUCGUGAAAAAUUUCGGGAAAAAUUCCGUUCUCCUCGUAUUCGCCGUUUUUCUCGUUGUUUCACUUUGUUUUUGUUUAUUUUCCUGACGACACGCUUUUCAAAUCGACCCGACUCAAUGAUGGCGGAGUUCCAUCGACUGGCUGACCAAAAAUAUACCGAGGCUGAUUAUCUAUUCCAGCAGACCAUCGAAAUGGCCAAAUCGGAUGAAGAAUAUGAUGUGGAGCUAUGUUCUACACCACCACCGCAAGCAGGUGAAAUGUAUGACCUGGAGUUGGUGCCUCAAGAGCCCAGUAUUUUCUCAUGGAAGGUUGUGAAACGUCGCCAGCGUCCACAUCGUCGCUAUACUGUAUCGCACGGGGGACCACCAGCGCCUCCGUCCACGCCCACAUCACUGACGGCCAAUAGCACGCCUGCGCCCUCACCCACCGCCUCCAAUCAACUCAAUGUCAACGGCAACGCUGACGAUGACCCACUGAACAGUCUGCUCUACAUUCUCGAUUAUGCACCCAAGUACAAAAAGAAACUCAAGGAGCAGCAACGUACCGACGCCGAGCUUGCAGAGCUCUUUAAUGUGGUUAAAAUCACUAGUAGUGGUGUUGGCGGUAAUACCAGUAACGGUGGCACAUUGAAUGAGGAGAAUUCAUCAAAAUUGCCACCGGAAAGAGGCAUCAGUGCCAAUUCCCGUGUGAUACGAAAGCAUGAUUCCAAUGCAAAAAUUUUUAAAGUCCACAGGAAUCCGAAAGAAUUUUUCCGGGAACCGGUGGGUGUGGGCGAAGAGGAGGACUCUGUGUCCGCGCCGGAAUACGAUGAAGCCGUGGAGGAGGAGAUACGCUUUCGACGACUGAGACACUAUAAAGUUGCCACAUUACGGCGUCGACUGCGGAUAAACAAACGACAAAGACGAUUUGAACGCUUUGAACAUCAAGAACGUAUGGACGCUAUGAUGGAUAAUUUUGAUUCCGCCAUGACAAUGAAUGAUGCCUAAAUGGCUAAAUGACUUUCAAGUCUCACCAUCCAGCUACAGUGACAUUAAAAUCAACUGAAUUUUAAACAAAUUUAUGAUUAAAAUUUAAAAAUGAACGAUGACUAUGACUAUGUUGCAGACGUCUACCUUCCAAAUGGGUCUCAAUGUGAUGAAAAUGAAUUUCUUCUGCUAAAUUAUUAAUUAAUUAAUGAACUGCAAGUAAUUUGUUCAGUGAACUUUUUGCGUAUAAUUAACAUUAAACGUUACGAAUAGACAUUCUUUCUCCUUUUUGUAUUUCGUUUCAAAAAAGAUAACUAAAGAAAGAAACAAAUCUUAAACUUAAAUUUAUAUAACAAAUGGAUAUAAUUGUAUUGUAAACUAUUGUAGAAGAGGCGCCCAAGUAUGUCAAUGCGCUUCCACAGGCCGAGAUUUAACCGUAGAACAGUGAAUCCGGCACACAAAGUGGAGCGGUUUCUUUACUGGGCAAAAGUGGUCAAGUGUGCCACAAAACUCUGUGUGUGAAUUGUUUGUUUACUUCUCUCUAAUUAUUUUGCGUUGUAAAUGUGUGAGUAGCGAACACAAGGAUUGCUGUGUUUGGCAAAACAAAUAAAUAAAAACUAAAAAUAUAAAAAUAAA